AUGUCUUUGAUUCUUUAAAAUCUUUACUUAGGAGGAGUGAAUAUCGCCAAGGAUAUUAAGUUUAUUAAAGAAAAAAACAUAAAAUACAUCCUUAUUUGUGCUAAAGGAAUACAAUAAUAUUAUCCUAAUAAAGUCUAAUAUAAGCAACUCAACAUUUCAGAUAAUCCUUGUACUUUGAUAAUCACAUAUUUGCCAGAAUCCUUAGAGUUCAUAAAUUAAAACAUAAAAAAUGCUGCCAUUUUAGUGCAUUGUUUAGGAGGUAAAUCUAGAUCAGUCUCUGUCGUAAUCGCUUAUGUUAUGUUUUCACUGCACGUCUCAUAUGAAUAAGCAUUUCAACAUGUCAAAUAACAUCAUUUCUAGGCCUAACCAAACGUUGGGUUUAUUAAGCAAUUAAAUAUAUUUUAAACAGUCUUAGAAAUUUAUGGAAAGCCAAAACAGAAUGAUUUCAAGGUCUUAAAUUAGAUUAUGUAUGAUAAUAAUAUAGAGAGUCAAGUUAAAAACAAGCUUAAUUAAAUACAGUUUAAAAAUAAUUAUGAAAUUGAAUAAAAUGAUGAGGAGAAUGAUGCUCUAAAAGAAGAUCUAAAUGUUUAAUUUUUUUAAGAAAAAUAAGAAUGA